AUGGAAGCUCUUUCGCCUCGGACCACGAACCAAAUGAUUAAGCCCAAGGCUCCAAUGGAUCGGAAAAUGGGGGACAAACCCGCGACCACCACGGCGCCAAAGUCGUCUUCAGCCUCCAAGAACCACGCAGAUCCACCCCCAUCAGUAGUCACAGAGCCCGAGGAGGAUGCAGAACGAUACUCCAUAGGUGGAUUCUUGGGAAAGGGUGGAUUUGCAGUUUGUUACGAGGGGACAUUGGCGCGCAAUGGUCGCGUGUUUGCCAUGAAAGUUGUCAAGUCACAAAUGCCACAGAAAAAGAUGGAAGAGAAGUUUCGAACAGAACUCCAAAUCCAUUCGAAAAUGCGCCACCCCUUCAUCGUCCAAUUUUAUCGCGCCUUCGCCUUCGAACAGAGCACAUAUGUCGUCCUUGAGUUGUGUCCGAACGGGUCAGUAAUGGAUAUGGUUCGAAAACGACGGUGCCUUAGUCUUCCAGAAGUGAGGCGGUUUAUGAUCCAGCUGUGCGCAGGCGUCAAGUACCUACACAAGCGUUUCGUGGCACAUCGUGACUUGAAGAUGGGGAACCUGUUUCUCGACCGCAACAUGAACAUCAAAAUCGGAGACUUUGGCCUUGCUGCAAUGAUUUUGUCGGAUAAGGAUGCGAAGCGACGGAACACUUUGUGUGGGACACCGAAUUACAUUGCGCCCGAGGUUCUUGACAAGAGCAAGGGCGGCCAUACUCAAAAAGUCGACAUAUGGUCAUUGGGUGUUAUCUGUUUCGCAAUGCUCACCGGAUACCCACCAUUCCAAUCGAAAACACAAGAAGAAAUUUACAAGAAGGUUCGGAAUCUGACCUACGUAUGGCCAAAAGAAUCCGAAAAUUCCAAUUUUAUACCAGACGAGGCCAAGGAUCUCGUCAGCGCUUGCUUGAAUCUGGUAGAUGAGGAACGACCGGACCCGGAUGACAUUGUUGAGCAUCCAUUUUUCAACAUGUACGAUGGUUGUAUUCCCCGGCAACUGGACCCAGCAUGCCGAUUCAACAAGCCAAUCUGGCUCAAGGACCAAUCACCCCGGGGCGACUCCAUGGUCAAGGGCUAUGGCUUAGACUCGGACGAGAAACUUCGUGCCUACGUCUACCAAGUGGAUGAUCCAAGUCAACGGUAUCACUCUUGCAAGGCCGCAUUCUACUCAUUGUGUGGUGUUGGCAGAAAACCCGACGGAACUGCUCGCAAGUCUGUCGGUCGCAAUUGCUCGAAAUCGGCAUACUCAGAGUGCGAGACUGAGGAUGCGAGAGGUCUUCGGCCUGUCGUGCCGUUGCCCAUGGAUUUCGUUUAUCGAUGGCCUCACGAAAUCGAGGGCGACUGGUGUCUGAUGGAGAGUUCUCGCAAGACAAUCCGGACGGAAGAAUCAGCAAUGGACAGCAGCACGUUAUCUCGACGAAGCGUGUCUGUUCGUACUCAUGCAGUUGCAGCUACUCGAACAAAUGCCGCGCUUGCAGCUGCUCAGCAACGCAGGAUGGAGGGACAGAACCACGCUGCGACACUUCGCCAACAAGCUCGCCCUGGAAUGGCUUCCGUGCGAAAGGCACCGGUUGUAUCUGAAUUUGCAGAGUCCAUUACCAACUCCUACCGAAACCCUAAAGAAUCCGAACCUACACCUCUGUCAAGUGCUGAAGUCCCUUCAGGCGGGCUCGCCGAGCGGCCAAUUCGCACUCGAAGAAUGGUUUCCGCUUCCAACGCCCCCACUCUGCGCGAGAUUGUGGCUCCUCAGCUGGCCAAGUCUACCAGCAUGCCUUCUGGCCUUACAAUUGGCAAAACACGUUCCCAGUCGCGGAGGAUGGAACUUGCCAACCAAGGGCCGCAGCCUCCGAUCCCCACGAGUGAUGCUAAGUUGUCUGCAGUAGUCGAGGAGCGACGAAUCAUGAGUCGUCAGGCUUCUUUGCGAUCCGUGUCGCGUCCCGACUUGAAGAUUAGCGCUGAGCGAGCUGAACGGCCCAAGCUUAGCCCAACCGAGUCAGCUUUCUCUUCCACUCAGCACACCAAAUCUACAACCCAAUCGCAGGGCCUUUCUCGAACUGAUAGCAAGUCGAACAAAGCUCGCUCUAGUCUGGGGCUGAGUCCCAUCUUUCAUCCGGAUGACGUGUGUCAGGAUCUGCCAGGCACUUCAUUGUCUGACGUGAACACCAACUUGCGUCUGAUGUUGGCAAACCUGGUAACCCAAGGCCCCACCCGGCGCCGGGUCGGCUCCAGAAAGCAACCCCAUGCAUAUGUGAUCAAAUGGGUGGAUUACACCAAUCGAUACGGUAUCGGAUACGUUUUGGACGAUGGCAGCGUGGGAUGCGUAUUCAAGGGAGAGAAUGGCCAGCCUGCCACCAGCGUUGUGGUUCGGGAUGGCGAGAGACACAUCCGCCGCAAGGCGCGUAGUGUUGAUACUCCCGAGGAAAAGGGCAUCCCAUAUUCCGAGGCAGACCAACUUGUCCCUCGCACCGGGGCGCCGGUGGAGUUUUACGAAAACCGUGAUGAUAGCCUGCUUGGGUGCCGUGGCAUUCGGCGUGCUUUGAUUCACCCAUCCCUUUUUGACGCUAAGAACUCGAAAGUGAUGAAGCUUCGUGUCAACUCUGGAUCCGAGUCUGAACGGUCAGAUGUCGAGAAGGUCAAGCGGGUCAAGCUGGUCGACCAGUUCGGGAAAUACAUGAUCGGAUCUCUCGGUCGCCAUGGUGAUGAGGGAAUCAUGGACGAGACACCCGCUCAGAGCAGUGGACAGUUUAUCAAAUUCUACCAGCGACUUGGUAAUGUCGGUAUCUGGGGAUUUGGCGACGGCUCUUUCCAGUUCAACUUCCCCGAUCACACCAAGCUUGUUCUUGCACCCGGUCGCACUCGCAGCUCUUCUCCGUGGAUUGACUUCUACCAUCUCUCUCCCACUGCGGCGCGCUUCUUUACCCAAAAGGGCAAAAUGCAUUCCUCCGGCUUCGAUACUCGGGCUGUUGCUUCAGACGAAGCCGCUACCUUCCUUAGUAUCGCCAACGGGGAGUCUAUCAAUUCUGUCGAGGACCGUAUCAAGGAUAUCCUUGAAGCCAACUCGUUCUUGCAAAAGAUUAGCUUUAUCAGAGAUGUUCUCAAGGUAUGGAUCAAAUAUGGACGACUCGGCGGCCGCCCUUCUCCGAGUCGCGCUGCCUCUGGAGAUGAUUCGAUCCCUCCUGAGAUGUUCUGGCAGGGAACACAGGAUCGGUCAUCCACAGGAAGCCAUGGAACGAAGUUUGUCUGGGUUACAGUCGGUGCGCCUGACGGCGACGGCGCUUAUCGUUCGAUCAUGUUGAAAGACAGCGACAGGGAGAAGUUUGAGAAGAGGACUGGGAUGGAUUAUGACAAGGAGAUGGAUAUGCUCAAGGAGCGGCUGAGAGUCAUGGGCCGUGAGUGA